AUGGUCAAAACCGAGGCAUCUUUACUCUCACCUCCCUCUGAGAGCCCGGCAGUCCCUCUCGAUUCCCCAAUCCGGACCACUCCAAUUCACCCUGAUCUGCCGGAGCUCAAACUACCGGAGGGACCACUCCCGAUUUACCAGUACCACCCGGUCACCUGCCAGCCGCUAGAAGAGCAGGAUGUUCGCGCGCAACUCGAGCAAUUGCAGCAACAAUUCCCGGACAAGGAGAGUGCUUUGAGGGCGCAGGAGUUGGCGGCUAAGGAGGCGAAGCGAAAGAUUGAGGAGGUCAGCAAGAAGCGAGAGCAGGUCCAAAAGGCUAUCGACAAGAAGAUCAAGGAACGCGAUACGGAGAUGAAAGUUCUCUCGAAAUACCAAGAAGUGAAGGCCUCGGAUAUCCCUUCUUGA